AGGCAAACGCCAAGAAAGCGUGAGUGCGUGACUGCCUGCCAAGAACAAAGCAGUCGACGCAUGAGCUAAUCAAUCUGGUUAAGUCUCUCGUGCACCUGGAAUCUGAGAGAGAGAGAGAGAGAGAGAGAGAGAGAGUACGGCCGAGCAUCUCGAGCAGAAUACCAUGAGUAGUAGUAGAUCGAAGCAAAGCCAACAGAGGUUGGUGAAGGCUCAGUGCUCACAUGCUCGCCUAACGUGGAUCUCUCUCCACGCUCUGUUUUCCCAAGCAUGGUCAUUCUAUCUUCGUUCUCACUCCACCGCGCAAAAAACAGUGAGCCCUACACAGCACCAUAGACAGGAUUACAAGGAAUCUUAGGCAGGUGCGUGUAUAAAAGGGUCUGCUCCUCUGAACCUUCAAGUGCCGUGAGCUCCUCACACACCCUUUCUACAUCACGCACAUUACGCCUUCCCUAGGCUGCAAGCUCGGAGACUGAGGCAAUGGUACCCCGCCAGCUGCUCGUCGCACUCUGCGUCGUGGCGCUGUUCGCCGUGAGGUCGGAGUCCCACGGCCUGGAGGACUUCACCGGCGGGAACACCAGGGAGACGCCGGCGAUGGAGUCCUUCUUCGGCGCCAAGCCCGAGGCGGCCAAGCUCCCGGAGGCCCUCGACGCGUCCAUGCCCGCCAAGCCGGAGGCCGCCUCGGCGAUCCCCACCACCACUACGGCCACCGCCACCACCGCUUCGGUGCCCCCGCGCAGGUCCGUGUCCGUGGCCGCGGGCGUGGCCUGCGGCGUGGCGGCAGUGGCGGUGGUCGGCGUCGCGGUCGGCGUGGCUUACGUGGUGCGCGCCAGGCGCGGCGCGCGGCGCGCGGCGGAGGUCCAGCUCGGCUCCCCGUGAGCCUCCCUAGUGGGCCUGCCCCGGCCGCUUCAUAGGCAAUUAGUUCAUCAAGCGCACCAUUAGCUUCGCUUUGUGUUAAUUUGAUUGCUUUGGGUUAGUUCAAUUCAUUCCUGUGGCUGUCGGUGAAGAGCAGAGCUACGGACGGAGUGCAUGUAACAUAAAUAAUGCCGGGCGGUAGUGUGAUGUUUAAUUAGACCUUGAUAUCGAUGUAUCAGGAGUUCAGGAUUUUGUUGUUCUUUAGUAUUCCUUC